CAAUCGCCUCCCUUGUUGUUCAAGAGUGGGUUUCGUUAACUUGAUAUGUGAAAGGCUUUAGCUACGGGCCGCAAAGAAGCAAUUGUAUGAAGAGACUGCGUUCUCCAAAACUUUAAGGCUCUAAUAAUAAGCACUUAUCUAGCUUCCAGUCCUGAGCGCUUUAGCAUAAGCUUAUGCCAAUGUGGGAGCGAGAAGCGGAGUACAAGGAAGACCUGGAGUUGGCAAUACAAAAGGCCGCGACAACGCGUCUUGAGCGGCUUGCUUCAAUUGCAGUCGAGGAUGAACGGACGUGUUAUAAGCAUGUUGUGGUCCUGCUGGAGAAGCAGCAUCGCAAAUGCGGGGCCAACAUGCGCGGCAAGCUGCACCUUCUGUAUUGCGUAUCGUCAUUGCUGCGGCUUUCGCGCAAACAGCAGGGGACACGCGAUCGUUAUGCGGAGCGCCUUAAGCCUCUAGCAGGCGCUCUGGUCGUCGAACUGCGCCCUGACUUCUCGGCUCAAAUCGACAAGCUGCUGAAGCUGUGGCGCAUGGAGGGGGUGUACAGCGCGGAGCAGCUGGCGGAGGUGGAGUCCGGCAGCGCAGCACUCCCGCUGCGGCCGCCCGGGCUGCACUCCAAGUCGCCCAGCGGCUCGCUGACGGAGGCAAGCGCGCAGGACCCUCAGGUGGGCCUCGGUGACGCAUCCGGCAGCGGCCGCUCCAGCGCCAUUCAGUCGUACCCGCGGUUCGGCGGGGGCCGCACCCAGCCCGCAGCUGCAGGAGCCGCGGGCCCCUACCAGCAGGCGCCUCCGCCGGAGGGCCAGGACCCCUACAGCGCAGACUCCAACCCUAAUGGCACGCGGCAACAACCCCCGCCACCGCCACCUCCCCUGCCGCCGCCGCCUCCUCAGCCGCUCAUACCCCCCGGGCUGCUGGGGCCGGUGGGGCCGGCAGGCAUGAUGGCACCGGGGACCGCGGCGGCGGCGGCCGCAGCAGCGGCGGCAGCAGGCAUGUUCACGCAGGGGCAGCUGGGGGCCUUCAUGGCCGCGCCGCCUGCGGCUCUGCUGCAGCAAUCGGCAUUCAUGGGACCCAUGGGUCCGUUUGGGCCCGGAGCCAUGCAGGGCGGCAUGCCACCUGGCCUGAGCGGGGCGAUGGGUGCGGCAGCAAUGGGGGGAGGCAUGAACGGGGCUAUGGGCGCGGUGCUGGGCGGCGGCCUGCCUUUCCAGGCGCCGACUGGUCCCAUGCCCCCAGGGCUGGGCCUCCCGCGCCCUCCGCCCUACCCUCCGCAGCCAAUGUUCGGGAACCAAAACCAGAAUCAAGGACAGGGGCAAGGCCCAGGGCCGCGCGGCAACCACUACAAUAACCGCUAUCACCAUUCCCAUGGACGCACACCGCCCGGGCUGGGGCCGGGUAACGGUCAGGGCUCUGGGCCGGGGCAGGGCCAGAACCAGGGGCAGGGCUGGCAGGGGCGCCAUGGACAGGAGUCAGGGCCUUCGCAUGGGCCUUUACCGCCGGGACUGACGUCGCGGCCAGCGCCACCGCCAGGCUCCCCGCCGGCUCCUUCCGGCAACGCAAGCGGCAAUGGAGGCAGCAGCCGGGGCAGCAGUGGCGCGGAAGGCAGCAUGCCGAGCGGCCCGGCGCAUGGA